ACUGCGUCUACCAUCCUGGCGCAGGCUCAGUCUCUUCGGCAGCCGGCGUGGCGGACUCUGUCAGAGACCGGCAGGGCGCACCAACUAGCAUAGCCGCCGGGUCGCGGUGCACCGACGCUCUCACGGACCUUGUCCGACGUCAGGCGGUCUAGUCUGCCGGCCAUAGACCCGGUCGUUCGCCGUCACCGCUGCUCACCACUGCCUGAGAGCUGCCGUUGAUGGUCGUGAUCACAUUGUUGCCACGAGAUGGCAUCGUGCCUCAGCCCGAACCUGCGACCGAGCUUGUGUUUGGCGACAAUUUCUUGCCAGCUCAGGCCGGCUCGAGCUCGCGCAAUAUUGUGAGCCCGAGCAAGACAUACCCAUCUACUGGCAAGCUAGGCAAGACUGAUGUCACCGUUCACGGUGUUCUCAAGAUCUCACUCGAAGAGGAUCACAAGCCGCUCAAGCAGGCAACGGCAAUCAUUGUCAGAAUACGGUGCUACGAGUCAGACGGGCAAGGUGUGGGAUCGCUCAGGACGGCCCAGACGAGGGUACUGCACGAGACUGCCACGACGCUCUGGCGUCCUCCCAUGAACAGUGCGGAGGGCCACGUGGGCGUCUUCGAAAAGGCUUUCAAGCUCACCAUGCCUGUUGGCGCUUUGCACGAGACGCGCGACGGACGACCGUGCAGCACUGUCGUCUUCAAAUCGUGGCGUGUCUGGUGGGCUAUCGAAGGAGUCAUCACGCAUCGUCCGCAUGCAAUCUAUGGCUCAGCGCUGAUCAAGUCGCAUCCGCUCGGCCUGGUCAACUACGCGCCACCGGUUACGCGCAAUACUCUCACAUGGUCAUCUAGAUCGAUACGCUCACGACCGAAGGAGCCCAUUGACUACAGUUUCGUCACGGCCGCGCCCUACUUGGGCCAAGGCGAUCCCAUUGCGUUCCGAUGUUCACUGCAGCGAUCGAUGUCUGAUCAUCGCUCCGAUUUCAAGCGUGUCACAAUCGAAAUCACGCGUGAGCUGCUUGUGUCUCGCUCCUUGGAGCGGCAGCCCCGAAAGCGCAGCAUACCUAGCGAGACCGCUCGCCUCGAAACAGAGACCCGGUCUCAGUCUCUGCCGAUAAUCCAUCUCGUCUCGCCCGAUUCGAAGAUCUCACGCGAUGUCUCGACGGUGCUGACAAUCCACAUGGCUGCCGAAGAGAUGGAAUUUGACACGAAUGGUGCCUGGACCGGUCAGAUAGUAGCCAAGAUGCCAACGUCCCGACCGGGUCAUUACUCGAUCGGCGAGACCACGGCAACGGCGCUCGCCAGCGUGCGCUUCUUCGUCAAUAUCUCGCUGCACUUUCGGAGUAGACAGACAGCUACCAUCAAGCUACCACCCCGCGAGAUUUUCGUCGUCUCACCCGCGGCGAGUGUCGCCCCUCCUCUUUUGGCAGGUCCGUCGGCCGAGACUGUGCCGGUGUUGCGACAGUCGCCCGUCAAACGCCGACGACCCUGUGCGACAGCGAGAGAUUCUUGCUGCUCCGACACAGUGAGCUGUCCAAGCACGGUCGAUUUCAGCGGAUUCAGUUUACAAGCUCAUCAGACGACCAACGCGACCCAUCUGUUAGCGCCUGACGAUCAUGCUGCCAGUCCACCUCUGUCAAACUCGAGCACGUCAUCAGACCUCACAUCAUCACCUGCAACGCCCGACUCUGCGCUCUCUUGUGCAUCUGUCUCGCCCAAAGACAUGCGCAGAACGUCAGAAACGCCUUCACUGACGCCCUCAUUCACAUCCGCACUUAGCCGCAAGCUCAAAUUCUUCCGUAGCAGUUGAUGAGAAACACCAUGUUGUUGUACAGUUUGUGUAUGCGUUUCAUGUCCGCUUAGUGGCUCGUAUGACCCAGAGUGGAUCGCUUGAACCCCAGCCUUCCUUUGGUAUCACAGUGACGAUCUCGACGUUGGCAAAUAUCGGGUCACCUUGCGAAUUGGUGGCAAAGUGCAGGUAGUCUGCUACCAUCUGGCAUCGUUCAUCCUCUGAG